CGCGGCCAGGCGGGCGCAGUCCGAGCCGGCCGCGUCAGUCCGAGCGCCCGAGGUCCGUCCGCGCCGUCGGCCAUGGCCGCGCGCCCCGCGAGCCCCGCGCGCCGCUGCCUGCUGGCGUUCAUGCUGUGCUUCGGCUGGGGGGCGCUGACCGCGGUCGCCCCGAAGCCGGGCGCGGGCUGUCCGAGCCGCUGCCUGUGCUUCCGCACCACGGUGCGCUGCAUGCAUCUGCUGCUGGAGACCGUGCCCGCCGUGUCGCCGCAGACCUCCAUCCUGGAUCUUCGCUUUAACAGAAUCAGGGAGAUCCAACCUGGAGCCUUCCGGCGGCUGAGAAACUUGAACACACUGCUCCUCAACAACAACCAGAUCAGGAGGAUUCCCGGCGGGGCCUUUGAGGACUUGGAGAAUUUGAAAUAUCUCUAUUUGUACAAGAAUGAGAUCCAGUCAAUUGACAGGCAAGCGUUUCAGGGACUUGCCUCCUUAGAGCAACUGUACCUGCACUUCAAUCAGAUAGAGACCUUGGACCCCGAGUCGUUUCAGCAUCUGCCGAAGCUCGAAAGGCUAUUCUUACACAACAACCGGAUCACACAUCUAGUUCCAGGGACGUUCAGCCACCUAGAAUCUAUGAAGAGACUACGGCUGGACUCGAACGCGCUGCGCUGCGACUGCGAGAUCCUGUGGCUGGCCGACCUGCUCAAGACCUACGCGCAGUCCGGGAACGCGCAGGCCGCCGCCACCUGCGAGUACCCCAGGCGCAUCCAGGGGCGGUCCGUGGCCACCGUCACGCCGGAAGAGCUGGACUGUGAAAGGCCCCGGAUCACGUCCGAGCCCCAGGACGCAGACGUCACCUCGGGGAACACGGUCUACUUCACCUGCAGAGCCGAGGGCAACCCCAAGCCCGAGAUCAUCUGGCUGCGAAACAACAACGAGCUGAGCAUGACGACAGAUUCCCGCUUGAACCUGCUGGACGACGGAACCCUCAUGAUCCAGAACACGCAGGAGACCGACCAGGGCAUCUACCAGUGCAUGGCGAAGAACGUGGCCGGGGAGGUGAAGACGCAGGAGGUGACCCUCAGGUACUUUGGGUCUCCAGCGCGACCCACUUUUGUAAUCCAGCCACAGAACACGGAGGUGCUGGUCGGGCAGAGCGUCACGCUGGAGUGCAGCGCCGCCGGCCACCCCCCGCCGCGCAUCUCCUGGACGCGGGGGGACGGCAGCCCCUUGCCGGCGGACCCGCGGGUGAACACCACGCCCUCGGGCGGCCUUUACAUUCAGAACGUGGUCCAGGGCGACAGCGGCGAGUACGCGUGCUUCGCGUCCAACAGCGUGGAGAGCGUGCAGGCCACCGCCUUCAUCAUAGUCCAGGCUCUUCCUGAGUUCACCGUGACGCCCCAGGACAGAGCCGUCAUCGAGGGCCAGACGGUCGACUUCCAGUGCGAGGCGAAGGGCAACCCACAGCCCGUCAUCGCCUGGACCAAGGGAGGGAGCCAGCUCUCCGUGGACCGGCGGCACCUGGUCCUGUCCUCGGGAACGCUCAGGAUCUCCGGCGUGGCCCUGCACGACCAGGGCCAGUACGAGUGCCAGGCCGUGAACAUCAUCGGCUCGCGGAAGGUCGUGGCUCACCUGAGCGUGCAGCCCAGAGUCACCCCAGUGUUCGCCAGUGUCCCCAGCGACAUCACGGUGGAGGUGGGCACCAACGUGCAGCUGCCCUGCAGCUCCCAGGGCGAGCCCGAGCCGGCCAUCACCUGGAACAAGGUAGGAGCCCUGGCUGGCCCUGCUAUGGGCGUGCAGACCCCGCACUACCUGCCCUCUGCUCUGCAGCCUCCGGAGAGCAGGGGGAGGGAUGUUGAAAUGGCGAGCGCUCGGUGCAGAGCAACGUGGUUGCUUUCUGAUGAGAGCAAAAUAUGUGAUCCCAGCACUCUGGGAGACGUUGCUUACGAGCAACCGUGGAGUAGUUUUCUGGGUAACGUGCGACUUCAUGUCCUCCUAGUUCCCGAUGUCAGCCGAAACGGGGACCCGUUCGUGGCCACGUCCAUCGUGGAAGCGAUCGCCACCGUGGAUAGAGCCAUCAACUCCACCCGGACGCACCUGUUCGACAGCCGCCCCCGCUCUCCCAACGACCUGCUGGCCUUGUUCCGGUACCCCCGCGACCCCUACACGGUGGAGCAGGCACGGGCGGGCGAGAUAUUCGAGCGCACGCUGCAGCUGAUCCAGGAGCACGUGCAGCACGGCCUCAUGGUGGACCUCAACGGGACAAGUUACCACUACAAUGACCUGGUGUCCCCGCAGUACCUGCACCUCAUCGCCAACCUGUCGGGCUGCACGGCGCACCGGCGCGUGAACAACUGCUCGGACAUGUGCUUCCACCAGCGGUACCGCACGCACGACGGCACCUGCAACAACCUGCAGCACCCCAUGUGGGGCGCCUCGCUGACCGCCUUCGAGCGCCUGCUCAAGGCCGUGUACGAGAACGGCUUCAACACGCCGCGCGGCAUCAACCCGCACCGGCUGUACAACGGGCACGCGCUGCCCGCGCCGCGCCUGGUGUCCACGACGCUGAUCGGCGCGGAGGCGGUCACGCCGGACGCACAGUUCACGCACAUGCUGAUGCAGUGGGGCCAGUUCCUGGACCACGACCUGGACUCCACGGUGGUGGCGCUGAGCCAGGCGCGCUUCUCGGACGGGCAGCACUGCAGCUCCGCCUGCAGCAGCGACCCGCCCUGCUUCUCAGUCAUGAUCCCGCCCAACGACCCCCGCGCCCGUGGCGGGGGCGGCAGCGCGCGCUGCAUGUUCUUCGUGCGCUCCAGCCCCGUGUGCGGCAGCGGCAUGACGUCGCUGCUCAUGAACUCCGUGUACCCGCGGGAGCAGAUCAACCAGCUCACGUCCUACAUCGACGCGUCCAACGUGUACGGCAGCACGGACCACGAGGCGCGCGGCAUCCGCGACCUGGCGAGCCACCGCGGCCUCCUGCGCCAGGGCAUCGUGCAGCGGUCGGGGAAGCCACUGCUCCCCUUCGCCGCGGGGCCGCCCACCGAGUGCAUGCGCGACGAAAAUGAGAGCCCCAUCCCCUGCUUCCUGGCCGGGGACCACCGCGCCAACGAGCAGCUGGGGCUGACCAGCAUGCACACGCUGUGGUUCCGCGAGCACAACCGCAUCGCCGCCGAGCUGCUGGCGCUGAACCCGCACUGGGACGGCGACACCAUCUACCACGAGACGCGCAAGAUCGUGGGCGCCGAGGUGCAGCACAUCACCUACCAGCACUGGCUGCCCAAGGUCCUGGGCGAGGUGGGCAUGAAGAUGCUGGGCGAGUACCGCGGCUACGACCCGGGCGUCAACGCCGGCAUCUUCAACGCCUUCGCCACCGCGGCCUUCAGGUUCGGCCACACGCUGGUCAACCCGGUGCUGCACCGGCUGGACGAGAACUUCCAGCCCAUCCCGCAGGGCCCUCUCCCGCUCCACAAGGCCUUCUUCUCCCCCUUCCGCAUCGUGAACGAGGGCGGCAUCGACCCGCUGCUGCGCGGGCUGUUCGGCGUGGCGGGGAAGAUGCGCGUGCCCUCCCAGCUGCUGAACACGGAGCUCACCGAGCGGCUCUUCUCCAUGGCGCACACGGUGGCGCUGGACCUGGCCGCCAUCAACAUCCAGCGCGGCCGGGACCACGGCAUCCCGCCCUACCACGACUACCGGGUCUACUGCAACCUGUCCGCCGCCCACACCUUCGAGGACCUGAAGAACGAGAUCAAAAACCCCGAGAUCCGGGAGAAGCUGAAAAGGUUGUACGGCUCCACGCUGAACAUUGACCUGUUCCCGGCCCUCAUGGUGGAGGACCUGGUGCCCGGCAGCCGGCUGGGGCCCACGCUGAUGUGCCUGCUGAGCGCGCAGUUCAGGCGCCUGCGGGACGGCGACAGGUUGUGGUACGAGAACCCGGGCGUGUUCUCCCCCGCCCAGCUGACCCAGAUCAAGCAGACGUCGCUGGCCAGGAUCCUGUGCGACAACGCGGACAACAUCACCCGCGUGCAGCGGGACGUGUUCCGGGUGGCGAGUCCCACGGCUACCGGCGACUGUGGCGGAGGUGCCCGGGUGGACCUCAGGGUUGCCCUGUUAGACUGCAGGACCAGGGGCCAGUUCAACGUGUUUUCCUACCACUUCCGAGGCCGACGGUCCCUUGAGUUCAGCUACCAGGAGGACAAGCCGGCCAGGAAGACCCGCCCGCGGAGGACACUGAGUGCUGGGAAGCACGGCACACCUCUCGGCAACCUCACCUCCGCCUUCCGCGAGCACGCGAAGGGCCCAGGGACAAAUGACUUCAGAGAGUUCGUCCAGGAGAUGCAGAAGACCAUCACAGACCUCAGGAAACAGAUAAAGAAACUUGAAUCCCGGCUCAGCGCCACGGAGUGCCUGGACGCCAGCGGCGAGCCUCACGCCAACCACGCCAAGUGGAAGACGGACGCGUGCACGCUGUGCGAGUGCAGAGACGGACAGGUCACCUGCUUUGUGGAGGCGUGCCAGCCCGCCACCUGCCCGGCCCCCGUGAGAGUUGCAGGAGCCUGCUGCCCGGUCUGCUCACAGAACGCCGAGGAGGACACGCCUUAGCCGCUCGGGCCCGCGGGUCUGUCUGCCGGGCCGCCGUGACCCAGAGCUGGGACGGGAGCUGCCGACCAAAGAAACCCCGAACUCGAGCGUUGCAGACAAUGCCUGGCUGGGCCGUCUCAGAGCGUGGGGGAGGGGCUGCUGGCCGGGGCGCCCUGGGGAGGGGCAGGGCGCAAGCCCUGGGUGAGGCAGACACGCGUCCUAACGUCACGUUAGGUUUCUCAGGUUCUUAUUUAAUUCUUUCAAGGUGAGAAAUUGGUGCUACUAUUAAAUUGCACAGUUAAAUCCUU